ACAAUGGUACCCGAUCUCUAUAAAUUUUUUUUAUCGUAUCGCCACCAUUAAUUUUUCAUUAGUUUUUAUGAAAGUGAGCCUCACCUUUCUGAAAAUAUUUCAACUAAUCUCUCAAUCUUCUUGAGGUCAACUUAGAAUGAUCAUGCUACUUCCCACUUAAUUCAUGAUUUACCGAUUAAAAAUAAACCACAAUAGAUAGAAGAUGACAUUCGUGGCAAGUUUAAUUAUUCUCAUUGUCAAUCACUAAACUUUCGUAAGCCAUUUUUACAAAUUGGGCAACCAAAUAUUUACAUAUACAAGGGAAAAAAGGAUAUGUUGGAGAAUAGGCAACGCUUACUGGUUAUUCGUUAAUUGUUCAAUUUACAUAUUAUCAAAUUUGGUGUUGGCCGUAUGGUUGUUUAUCAGUGUGAGGAAAAAAACAAAUCUCAUGAAUGAGGCGUUACCUACUACAACAUCACCUGUCUCGACCAAGAUCCCAACAUAGCAAUUCCAUUCUUUUCUCAAUUUAGGAGUAAAUGGGGUGUAAACUUUUAAUGUGUGGAAUGUCCAGUGUUUCCGAACAUUUUACCAUUAAAGAUUGACUUCCAAUGAAAAAUUAAGCAGGAACAACCUAUUGUGAAGAAAAAAGUUACUUUAAGGAAGACAAAAGCAUUGAUAAUUGGAGGAGAUGAUGGUGCUUUAGAAGGCGGAGGCAGAGCGAUCAUAAAACAUUCAAAUUGAAAUAUUCAAUAAUUAUUGACAUCGAGUAGCAAAUAGUGUGACCGUCUUAUUAAAUUUUAGGAGCCAAUUUUCUUGCAUGAUUUUUUUAUACUUUGAGUAAGGACUUCAGUCAAUAAAUCAGGUCAGCAUGCUAAAAAUUAUAUGAGUAUGAUAUUUCCAGUAACUAAAUUAUUUGAAAUUUUAUGAUAUGAAAUAAAACAUGUCUUGCUUCGAACAAUUACUAAGAUUAUUUAUACUAUUAACGAAAUUCAUCCAGCCAGCGGGCGGGCCCAAUCUAGUAUUAUUAUACUUUCUUUCCGUUGAAUCGUGCCUUUGUGCUUGCUUUGGAAAAAAAAAAGAUACUACUUAGUCCAAUACAAGAUUUUUGGAGGUCAAAAGAAAUUACUUUUCCACUUUCCCUCUUCCAUGUUCCUUCUUGUUUCAGAGUCCUUGGUUCAUUAGUAGUUCUUUAUUUCUUUCUUUUCAGUGGAGUUACACCGAAGUCAAACACAAUUAACACGAAAUUAAGACCGGCUACAUUGCACUAACACUUGUCACCUAAUUUCUUCCACAAAUUGCUUACCGAAAUCACCUCGCCCCAUUAAGAUGUCUUUUCUUGCAGUAAAUUAAACGCACGCAAAGACGUUCUUAUUUGAGUAAUUACUCAUUCCUCUUUUAUUGAAGACCUUUUGGUAUUUUGUUGUUUCCAUUAAUCAGUUGUUCACUAAGUGUGUCCUUACUAAACAUAACUUCUAUCUAUUAAUGGUGUUUAAACGGAGUGGUUAUCAUGAUAAUCGUUUUAAUCGGUAGUAUUUGGAUGAUUUGGUUUGGUUAAUUUGAAUAAUUAGUUUGAUUUGGUUAAAUUUUUUAGCAUGUUUGGUUUAUGUAGUUUGGUUUGGUUUGAGAUAAUCCAACCAAUGAAACUAAAUUAAUCAGUUAAGUAAUUCGCUAUAUAUCUAAUAUAUUGUACAAACAUAAUAAUUUGUUCCACCACAAGGAAAAAAAACGUAAUAACUUGCAUAACAACUCAACAACCAAAACAUACAUUACUCCCUUUAGAUUCAGAAAAAUAAAGCUCGAUAUUGUUCCUAUGUUGUAUUUUUGUAUUUGUAGAAUGUAGACUACAAAUAUAUACACAUAAUUGAGAUAAAACUCAUACAUUAUAUUCGAUGAAAACUUGAAAGUUAGGUCUUUUUCAACCUAUGAUAAUUUCUAAGAGACUAAGUCAAUUCACACAAACACAACAAUUCAUUAACCCCAUAUAUACCAUUGACAUAUAAUUUUUUUAAUUGAAUACUUCUAUUGAAUGCAAGAUAAUUAUAUUAGUUGUAUGUGUUUAUGUUAAAGAUUAACAAUAAAUAUGUGUGGAUUGUUAUAUUUUAUUCAUGAUAUAAAUUUUAAAUUGAUACAUUAACCAGAAAAUUUUCUCACUUAAUGAGAAUGUGAUGUUAUAUUGGUUAAUCUGGUUAACCAAUUAACCAAACUGAUUAAACUUUAGUUUGGUUAAUUUGGUUAUGAUAUUAGUUUGGACGAUUUGGUUAUAAUAUUGUAUUCCAUGGUUAAUAAAAUUUAGACUUAUUUAAUUUGAUAAUUACCAUGAUAACCAUAUGAACACUGAUGUUACAUGGUUGACUAUUGAAAAGUUUUAACCAUACAUGGUUGACUUUGAUACCUAAGGUGGAAGCGCUUGAAACUAUGAAGCAGAUUCGACCGAUCCGUCUUUGUCAGAUGUUUUAUAAGAUUAUUUCGAAAAUCAUGGCUGAGCGGAUGGCCAUCAUUUUGCCUUCUAUUAUCUCACCGGAGCAGAAUGGGUUUAUUCGUGAACGCCAGAUUGUAGAUAAUGUACUGAUUGGGCAUGAAAUUAUGCACUAUCUUAACUCUUAAGAUCAAAAGGCAAGGGAAAAAAGGAUACUUGGCUCUGAAGGUUGAUAUGGAAAAGGUCUAUGAUAGAGCUGAGUGGCCUUUUUUGUUUGCACUAAUGGCUAAGAUGGGAUUUAGUUCUCAAUAGAUUAGGUGGGUACAGGAAUGUGUUUCUACAACACAUUCUCUGUAAUGAUGAAUAGUACGCCCGUCUGGCUACUUUAAAUCGACGAGAGGAUUGUGUCAAGGGGAUCCACUAUCUCCACUAUUAUUUGCCAUAUGCUCUGAAGGAUUUGAGGCGCUAAUAAGACAGGCUACACAGGCAAGAAGUUUAGUCGGGGACAAAGUGAAUCCUCAGUGCCCCAGUGUGUCUCAUCUUUUCUUUGUUGAUGAGUCAUACUUGUUUUUUCGCGCGUCCAAGAGAGAGGUGAAAUGUUGCUUGCGCUUUUGAAGGAGUACCAGGAUUUGAGUGGUCAGAAGGUUAAUUUGAGUAAUUAUGCGGUGUGCUUUAGUGAAAACGUGGAUCCUCCUGAUGCAGCGGAGAUGUCGGCCAUUUUAGGUGUUGGAGCUAUUGGUGUUCAUGACUAGUACUUGGGUCUUCCAUCUUUAGUUCAGCGGCCGAAAUUGGAAACCUUUAGGCAUUUGGAGGAGAGGUUAUUGGCCAAGAUCCAAGAGUGGAAGCAGAAAAAACUAUUUUGGGCGGCGAAGGAAGUUCUUCUUAAGGCGGUAGCAGCGGCCCUUCCAAUUUAUGUCGUGUCUUUCUUUCUUUUAUCGGUGACUUUAUGUCGUAAGCUGGAUAAGUACAUGGAAAGAUUUUGGUGGGGUUUCUCAGUGGAGAAAGACAAGGCUCAUUGGGGUUCGUGGCGAAAUCUGUGCAGGAGUAAAUUUGACGGUGGUCUGGGUUUUUGAUGGUUUGAAAAUUUUAAUCAGGUUCUGUUGGCAAAAGUAGCGUGGAGGAUCUGGAAGGAACUGGGGUCGUUACUUGCUAGGGUGUUGAAGGGUAAGUAUUUCCCGCAGGCGUCUAUACUCACUGCGACACGUCGCUCCAGACCCUCUUGGGGGUGGACUAGUAUCCUCCAUGGAAGGGAUAUAUUUCUCAAGGGUCUUGGAUGGCAGAUUGGGGAGGGCUCUCAGGUUAGGAUUUUGGAGGAUAACUGGAUCCCGGGAAUUCGAGUGGAGGACCUCGAGCUUAACACUUUGGCUCCAGAUAUCUCAAGGGUGAAGGUUGACUCGUUGAUCAUUCCCGGUAAGGAUGAAUGGUGUACGGACUGUCUUAACUAGUGCUUCCCUCUGACGGUGGUGCGGGCUAUUCAGUCUAUACCAUUAUCGAAGGGUGAGGUGAAGGACAACCAAGUCUGGACAUGUGAGAGGGAUGGGGAGACAGGGAGUACACACUGAAAUCUAGAUAUCACUUGGCUUUCCUGUACGCGAAAAGACUCCAAGAUUGGAAGGCGGAGGUCCCCUUCUUUGAUAUGACUUUCUGGAAAAAAUGUGGGUGCUUACCAUUCCUCCAAAAUUGAAGUGUUUCAUGUGGCAGGUUAUGAAGCUGAUCCUUCCUACUAUGGAAGCUAUAAUUGAGAGGACGGGUCGAGUGCCAGAGGAUGCGGAACCUGAUCCUGAAGAUGAUUCUUCUAUCUCCCCAAGGUGUCCGGUGUGUUGGGCGCCUUUGGAGUCUCUGGAGCACAUGUUUCUAUCGUGUAGAAUGGCGACGACGUUGUGGGAGAGGUCAGGCUUGGAUGUGGGUCAGGUGAGGCAACCUCCUUCAAAUUUUGGCUUGUUCGUUCGCAGAUUUAUUAAGCAGGACUCCAGCGUAGAGAUGGUGAUCAGGUUUGUAGCGCUGUUAAGGAGGAUAUGGAAGAGUCGAAAUUGAGUGGUUUUUGACCAUCUCCAGCAUGGUGUGGCUACGCUAGUAAGACAGUAUGACAAGCAGGUUCGUAAAUGGUUAGCUAGUCGAUUUCGGUCGUGGGAGUCAAGGAAACGGACAGCAACUUCAUGGACAAGUUGGUGGGGCUCGAAGGCACCAGGCUCCCUUUCCCUAUCGUUGUUAUGUUGAUGGUGUUGUUCUCUCUGGGUCGCAUGGUGCUGGGGGCUUGGUAGUAUAUGAUGGGUUGGGGAGGGUUUGUUUUGUGCAAGGCUUUCAUUAUGUUGGUCUGGUGGAUCCAUUUCUGGUGGAAUUGGUGGCGUUUCGUGAUGCGAUUCAGUGGUGCUCUUUGAAGGGUCUCGUUGAAGUGCAAUUCUAUGGGGAUGCAAAGGUUGUCACCGGGAAAAUUCAGAAUAUGGAUAUACGAGAUGUGAAGGGUGGACGGAUUCUUGAAGAAAUUCGGAAGCUGCGACAUCAGUACCAGCGAUUUGAGAUGGCCUUUGUUGGCGGGAGUAACAAUCGGGCGGCCCAUGAGGUGGCUAGGAAGACCCCUUUUUUGGUUGCCUGUGGUUAUAGUACUUUUGAUUUUAGUCGAUGAUUUGUACUUGGGUUGUAAACUUUGCUAGCUUUUUACCUUGGUAAUACAAGUGAUCUAUUAGUAAAAAAAACACCGAUGUUACAUACUCCAGAAGGACGAACUAUUAGUACUUAAAUAAAAGAAACGUACAUCAGUUGUUUGCUUGUAUACAUUACCCAAUAAAUUCAAUUCUACGAAAUCAAUUAAGAUUUGAGGCAUACAGUAAAUUUAUUAACUACGUUUAAUUUAUUAUUUAUCUAUACAUUUCAAUCAAAUAUUGAAGCUAUAGAAAGUCGGCGGCUAGCCAACGAACGGAUUAAUUCAUACCUUUAGAUCGUAAUUAAUUCCUAUAUAAAACCUAAUCACUCUGUUUUUUUUUAUUGAAUCGCUCUGUUGUUCAUUCUCAACUGAUACUUUUCUUUCGUUUUAACUCAAAUUUUAGGUUUUUAGCAUAUGAAAAUUGGACUAAUUUAUGAUCUACAAAAUAACAUCUAUAUUUUGAAAACAAAAUACUUCAAUUGAUGCAUUAAUUUUACCAUUAUUGUAUAAAUUACCAUAUAUCAGUGGUAUAAAAUUUAUAGCAUGUCCUAGCAACAGAUUCCUCUCCUGGCUUAUUAUUAAAGACAUAAUUAUCACAAGAGACAAGUUGCUUCGUUGGGGGAUGGCAGUUGACCCUAGCCGUGUGCUUUGUUCUAGCAGCCAUGAAACUCGAAGCCAUUUGUUUUUUGAGUGUGCAUACACGAGAAGAGUUGCAGACGUGGUUUUACAGGGCUGUCCAAUGCCUGCUGAUAGAGGGUGGGAGUCAUGGUUUGGUGAUGCUAUUGGUUUGUUAAAGACAAAUACCCAGGGGCCUGUGGUUGGUUUUUGUUGGUGUUGGCUGCUAGCUGCUAGCUGCAAUUUGGUGAGAGAGAUGCUGCAGAAUUUUUGGUGGUGGUAGGACUUCUGUGGAGAAGCUGGUGGCUAAUUUUAGAUCGGAUGUAGAUCUAUUUGGUGUUAAUCAUCCUGAGUUUAGCGUUGCGUUUACCAUUCUUCGGGCGUAGGGGCAGGGUAAUCAUGUAAAAGGUAGAUUAUAAGGGGUGGUUUCUAGGUUUUCCUUGUUGUGGUAGGUGUUUGUUCACCAUUUUUUGUAUUUUUUAUUAUGGACUUUGCCAGUUGAGCUUAAUGAGAAUAGCAACUUAUCGAGAAAAAAAAAUUUAUAGCAUGGUGGUACGAAGUAUAAUAUUACGUACAUAUGCUAUAUAUACAUGGAGGCAGAGAGGAGAUAAGUAAAUAACACCUCUAGUUUUGUUAUGGUGUUAACACUAAUCAGUAGUAAAUAAGAAACUAUAAUUAGGUAG